UUUCGAGAUGCCAUCGUCUUGUGUUGCCAUAGUCGCCAACGGCGACACGGCGUUUUCCUUGGGGAUCGUCGUUUUCAUGGAUGUACUAUCAAUUUGACGCACGCAACCGCUCACCGAUAAUCACACAAUUUAGAAAUGUCAAGUUGCCAAAUUGCGAGUGUAAAUUACAAAAUUCUACCGGUAUAUAUCCGUGAAAAGCAUAUUUAAAUUCCAUGUCUCACGUUUAUUACAACGAAUUAUGGCUUAUCACGAGAAGUGACUUGGAAAAGCUGUUGGAACUCGAACGAAGACUGCAAGAAAGCACACCGUUAAAAAAAGGAGCUGCUUUAAAUUCGGCGUUAUUUAUAUAUCUGAGAUAUCGCAAUAUUGUAAGAAGACUCAUCAUGUGUUACGAUCAAAUGGUCCAGACACAGAAACGGGAGUUAAUUAAGAAGAUGUUAGAAUGUGCCAUCGGGCGAAUGCUAGAAUAUAAAAAGGAAAUUGUGAAGCUCGAUUAUAUGGAUUAUCAAUGGCCUGACGAUAUUUUGAAUCAAAUGAAAUUCACGCCGGACGACAUCGAGCUGUUUGCCGCGGCGUCUGGCCGAGAACGUGUAGAGGAACGCAUCAAGUUUAUUCAAGAGUUGAUAGAGAGUGCUCACAAAGUACCACAGACGAGAGAACGCAGCCUUUCACAGAUACAUAUUGAGAGUAUGUCCGAGAUGGAAGAUCAGACAUUGAAGACGCGCGCCGCUCGAAGAAGAAUGCGCAUCAUGCAACCCUCGAAGGUAGAGUUAAUCCGCGAAUCGCCCGAGGAAAAAGCUGCCCGAGAAGCGAAGCUUGCUGCUGAAAGAAUUAUGCGUAGCGCGAUAUUAUUGAUACAGAGUCAUGAGAGAGCCAGAAAGGGACGCUGCUACGGUGCAGAUGUGAAACGUAUAUACGAUUACAAUAAAAAAGUGAGGUUCGGAGAGAUAAUACCGAGAAAAAUCGAUCGCAUCAGAUACAUCAAGUCAGCGGUGACGAUACAACGCGCGUGGCGACGUUAUGCCUCUCGAAAAGCUAUGAGAAAACGAAUCGCGCGUCUCGAGGAUGCUUUGGGUAUGACGAUACCAAGCUGGCAAUGCCGCAAAACACGCACGAAGGAUGAUGAUAACUUUCAACGGCGACGUGCUCUGAUGCCCGUGUUCGAUGCACACACGAAGAAGGCGAUCAGCGAUGAACGUACAAGGCUCCUGAAAGUCAGAGGCCCCGGAUUAAUGGAGGACAUCACUGAUGAGAUUCAUGAGUGGUUCGUCGUUUGGUACAACGCGUUAGGACAUUACGAUGUGUUUCCGGCGGCGGAUUUUGGUGGCAGCGUGCUGAUCGUCACCGGGCAGACCUCGACGCCGCAAGAAUAUCUAAUGGAAAAAUUAGAAAAAGAGAAACAAGCCAAGGCAAAGGGCAGAAGAGCUGAGAAAAUGGCACCGCGUCCCAAAGCUGAACCUAUCAAGAGCCAAGUUCCUGGUUGGAAAAUGCCGCAAACAGAUGCUCUCUCCUGCUUGGAAGAAGCAAACAUCGAUUUCAUUCGAAACUGGAGUUUUCGCAGCGAAAAACCUUCGGAGCGAGAAUAUCUGGAUUUGAUCACCGAGAAACUCUGUUAUGAGUUGCAGCUCGAAAUGAGGGAGAUAGUAGACGACGUGAUGAGGGCCGAGCUAGACGUACUAAACAAAGCAUUACUGAAGGAUCACGCAUAUGAUAAAGAGAAAUUCACGAUUCCAACAAUGGACAAAAAUAUUGACAAAACCGGAACGAAGAGAAAAAAGGACAUUUUGGAGGAUGUGGCCGUCGAGGAUCUCUUCAGCGAGCUUCUACGAGCAAAAAUCAUUAGAAACUACCCAACUAUUUUCUUACGUGAUUGGUUUGGCGAUCUCUCCUAUCAAAAUUACGAGGCACGUCGCGAGUUCCGGGAUUUCAAGCAUCGGCUCGGAGAGGUAAAGCAGCUCGUCUUGGAGUAUUGCAUAUUGCCUUUAAUUUCCAAAGGGACACAUCAAGUUGCACCGCUUGUGCGUUCUGUGUGUAUCUAUGGAUUACCGGGAGCUGGAAAGACUUCGCUUGCCAAUGUCAUUUGCUCAGAGAUUGGCGCAUUACUUUUCGAUGUAUCAGCACCUGUCUUGACUGGUAAAUAUAUGGGCAAGGAAAAGCAACAGAGGCUCAUCGACAUAAUCUCUAAAGUGGCCCGCGUUUACGCGCCUUCUAUAAUAUUUCUCGAUGCUGGCGAGAAACCUUGGUUGAAAAAAGUUCCACCAGAGGAAAAGUACCUUCAACACAAGCGAUUCGCAAACUAUUUUGUUAAACUAAUGAAAGGCAUCAAGUCGGGAGACCAGAUACUAUUUCUUUCGCUGUCCGAAGAACCGCAGAAGGCGACAGCCGGUUUCAACAAGUUCCAUGAUAAAUUUAUAAGGGUGCCUACCACCGAUUACAACACACUUUAUAUGUACUAUAAGAAUCUACUAAUGAAAUAUCACGGCGUCGAUCGCGAUAUCGAUGUCUCCUGUUUGGCCAAGAUGUCUGUCGGGAUUCCUCUGAAUUUUAUCCGGCAAGCCGUAGAGAAGGUGUUAUCGUUGCGUCGAAGAAUUACUCUUAAAUUCAAUCCGUUAAGUCCGAUAGAAAUUAUGAAUGAGAUAUUGACGUAUCAGUAUCCUACGACGGAGAUGGUGGAGAGUCUCGAUAAAUUUGAAAAACUCACUCUAUCUGCCAGAAGAAAAACCAAAGUUUCGUAAGAAGGAUGCUUGCGAUUGAACGCGAAAAGAUGACGAGUUUGUUUGUCGGAUAUAAAU